AAUAUAGUGGUAUCGACCUGAUAAAAGUGGCAGACGAUCUGUGCACUUUGCAAAAUCCGCAUAAUCCCACGGAAUCACGCCAGAACGGAGAUAAACACGGAAAGAGACAGGAAGUGAAAGAAUUUAUCGGCUCUACAAGAUUUUCUAAUUUCAACUUGAUCUUUUCAAGAUCAGUCAUGGAGAGUGCAGUCACAAACUUCGCUUUUAAACUUUAUCCAGUUCUAUGCGAAGGGGAUGGGAAUCUGUUUAUGUCACCCUACAGUGUAUCGGCGGCUCUUAUGUUAACGGUGUUGGGCGCCAAAGGGGAAUCCGAGGAGCAGAUAAAACAGGUAUUGGGAGUAGCGGGAGUUCCUAACCUGCACCAGGCGUAUCAAAAGCUACACGCCACCCUGACGGUAAAGACCAAGGACGGGGCAAAGCUCGCAAUAGCCAACCGGAUAUUUUCCAAACUCGGUCUGGAGAUUAAAGAGUCGUAUAAAAAGGAAUCGCUGGACUAUUACAACAGCGAAAUAGAAUUGUUGGAUUUUGUGGGAAACCCGGAAGGGUCGAGAAAACGAAUCAACACCUGGGUUGAAGACCAGACCAACAAUAAAAUCAAAGAUUUGAUUCCAGAGGGAGGAAUUAACUCCCUUUCGUUAAUUGUUCUAACCAAUGCUAUUUACUUCAAAGGGGAUUGGGAAAAUGCAUUCAAGGCCUCGAAUACAAAGAGCGAACCAUUUCGAAUAUCCGAGACAGAGUCGGGCACGGUUGAAAUGAUGAAUAUGGAAAAGGAAAAGUGGCUAAUUGGUAUGUCCAAAUCACUGGAUUGCCAAGUUCUGGAUCUUCCAUACAAAGGGGGAGAACUGAGUAUGCUAAUUAUUCUUCCGAACAAGGUUGACGGGUUGUCGUCAUUGGAAUCAAGCUUGUCGGCUGACACGUUUCGGGAACUAACAAAGGAAAUGUACCGUGAGGAUGUCAUUGUAUCCAUACCGAAAUUCAAACUAGAAAGCUCGUUUCAACUGGAUAAAGUUCUUGGUGGGAUGGGAAUCACCGAUAUCUUUUCAAGAAAAGCCGACUUCGGCGCCAUGAUGAAAAACCCGCCAGAUGGCACUCAUGUAUCUGACGUCAUUCACAAAGCGUUUGUUGAGGUCAACGAGGAGAGCACGGAAGCUGCCGCUACUACAGCAGUAAUGAUGGAGCUGCAUUGCAUGCCGCCAGAACCAAAAGUAUUUAAAGCGGACCACCCCUUCCUCUUCCUGAUCAGAGACAAUUCGACCGGAACUGUAUUGUUUAUCGGUCGCUUCUUGAAACCAACCAACUAAUAUCAUGAAAUGUAAACCAUAAUUUUUACGAACUAAAUUCUAUUAUCAAAAUUUAUUGUAAUAAUACAUGAUCUUGUAUAAAUUGCUUAUAGCUUUCAAUGUUUGACAUGUACAUUUAAUUUGUUAUAAUUGUUUUCACAUAUAUUUUGUACUAUGAAUUAUUCAUAAUAUUCAGUGCUAUAAAAGGCUGAGAAAUAUCAAUUUGUUUAUUAUCUCACUUCUAAAAUAAUCUUUGGAUUUAGGCAAAGUUCGACAACUCUAUUUCCUGAAGUAAACUGUAAACACAUACAGUAACCAAUGAUUAAUACUUUUGGGAUAUUUUAGAUGGUACGUGUAACUGCAAUUCUUGAAUGUAAACAAAAUUGGCAUUGUUUAAUAGUUUAAAUAUUUCAUUCAGGGUUGAAUAGCAAGCCAUGGAUGA